AUGCGUCCCGCAUCACUUAUUGUCUUUGCAUUGAGCUCCAGCGUGCUUGCGGCGCCAGCCACAGACGACCUCGAUCUUGGCCGUCACGCUGCCACGGCCGACUUUGAAGCCAUCAGCGGCAGGCAUAUCCCGCCUCCCGACCCUGUCCUCUGCGCGAAGAGGAAAGCAGAGUGCCAAUGCAGCAAGAUCGACAAGAGUACGAGCGAAGGUUUCUGGGAAUAUUACCAGUGCACGACAAAAUUCUUUUGCGAGUGGUGUAGAGGGCUUUGGAGGUCGCCGCCUGUGGGAGGAGCGGCUAUAGUAUGA